GUGAGCCAGAGAGAGCGAUGGAAAGUAAAUUAAUAAGAAAGGGGAAGGAGAGAUGCUGACAUACUUUAUUUGAGAAGAGAUUUGAUCGGAUCACAAUGUUAGGAUUAAGUCUCCUGCUUCUUCUGGUCUCCCACUCAGCCUGCUCGAUGCUGCUGGGUUGGGUGGAGUCUCCAGGCUAUCCUAAAGGAUACUUGCCCCAUGCCAGUCUAAACUGGAGCAAAUGUGCCCCCAAAGGCCACGUUCUCUCCAUCAGGCUCAUCCACCUGGACCUGGAGGACAGCCAAGACUGUGAAAACGAUGCGGUGAAGGUUUAUUCGAAUGGAAAUCUAAUUUCUGUUCUUUGUGGCAAAAAGGAAUUUGAGGAUCUUGACUUCACUGUAAAUCCCUCACUCAUCUCCUCCCCGGGUGGCUGUCUCUCUCUUAAUUUCUACUCGGACUAUUCAAACACUGAGAGGCACACCGGCUUCAGAGGCUUUUACAGUGUGCAUGACUUUGAUGAAUGUGAGGACGACCCAGAAAAUGGAUGUACUCAGUUCUGUCACAACUUCAUUGGCGGGUACCACUGCUCCUGUCGCCAUGGUUACGUCCUGGAUGCAGACAAACACACUUGCACAGUGAGCUGCUCUGAGGAUCUUUCGGGACGGUAUCGAGGUGACAUAUCCAGUCCCUUCUGGCCUGCAUCAUAUGCAGAGAAUUCCCACUGUCAGUACACCCUGUCUGUGGAGGCCCACCUGCAGCUGGAGCUGCACUUCUCUGACAGUUUUGAUGUAGAGCAAAGACCUGAUGGUCAAUGCAUAGAUACUCUGCUGAUUAAGACUCACUCUGGCACGUUGGGGCCAUUCUGUGGCCAUACACCUCCACCAUCACCCCUCCUCACUCACUCACAUCAUGUCAAAAUCCACUUCACUUCUGAUGGCUCUGGCACCAACAAAGGCUUCACUUUCCACUUCAAGACCAGUGACAAGGUCUGCCCAGCAGUGGUGACCUCGCACUCCACUGCGACUCCCCAGAAACCAGAAUAUCAUCAGGGUCAAGGAGUGACUGUAACUUGUGAUACUGGCUAUGCUGUGAACACUCAAAGCACCCAGACCCUGACAACACAAUAUGAGACGACAUGCCAGAGCACAGGCAUAUGGAUCCCCAGUUUCCCCUGUGAACGUGUGGACUGUGGUCUUCCUGAGAUCCCAGAAAACAGCAUCCUUAAGCUGGUGGGCUCAAAACGUCCACACACUCAAUAUCAAGACCAGAUCCAGUUAAAGUGUAGUUCAAAGUACUACACACUGGAAGGAAAUGACACAUACACUUGCGGUGCCAGUGGUGACUGGGCAACAGUUCAUGGUAAAACACAGAUGCCAAAAUGCACACCAGUUUGCGGGAGGCCUGAAAAAGACUCUGCAAGUACGGGCAGAAUUCUGGGAGGUCAGGAUGCACAAGUGGGAGAAAUACCUUGGAAUCUUUUGAUAAAAGAGCCCAGUAGAGGAGUAGCAUCACUGAUCAAUGAUCAGUGGGCUGUCACAGCAGCUCAUGUUGUAGAAGGUGCAGAGCAAACCUCUUUGCGCCUGUAUGGUGGAUUGGUAGAUGGAGCAGCAGCAACUGGUACAGGAGCUGUACUGGACAGUGAGAGAAUCAUAAUUCAUCCUGGUUACACCAGACGCACUGUUGGUGAAGAACGUACCAGUUAUGACAAUGAUAUUGCUCUUAUCAGAUUAGCUUCCAGGGUGAAUUUGGGGUCAAACCUCCUUCCCAUCUGUCUGCCAGUGGAGAGCAGCAGCUUGCAGGAGAACGAACAAGGCACCAUUUCAGGCUGGGGGUUGACAGAAAGGAGAACUGGAACAAGACUUGUCACAUCUCGCACAUUAAAAUACGCUCAUAUCGGGGUCUACUCCCUUAGAAAUUGUCAGGACACACCUUAUACACCAGAUAACAAACGUAUGAUUUUCACUAAUAACAUGUUCUGUGCUGGGGCAGAUGGAAAAGACAGCUGCUUAAAAGACAGCGGAGGUCCAUUUGUUUCACCUAUGUUGUCUGCAGACAGAGGGCCUUAUUAUCUGAGGGGCAUUGUGUCCUGGGGCGCCCCGUGUCAGCAGAAGAAGUUCAAGGGUUAUUAUACCAAGGUGGAUAAUUAUGUUGACUGGAUCAGGGAGACGAUAGAUAACGUGGAAACAUCUUAAAAAGAGGAAAGAUGAGGGGGGAAACACUUUGCUACCAAUCAUAAGACUGUCAUCCAUUUCAGGGCUGAUUCACAUCUCAAAAAUUAUAACGCUUAUACAAAUAAAAAUUAUAAUCAUGUAAUCAAUUUAAUAAUGAAUUCAUAAACACAAUCAUAUAAGCACAUUUUGACUUCAUUCAUCACUUUUGUAUUAAAGAAAAUGUUUGCAAAAUGGCUGCAGAGAAUCUGUGUUUUAAUCAACUUUCAGUUAUUGAUAGUUUAGAUACAACGUUUUGUGUCAGGUUCCUCAUACAAACAACUCUUGAAUAGAUUAUUCAUUUACCUCGAUUAUACUAAGUGACAACUCCUUCAUCCACAACACUGCAACCACACAGGCAGAACAUAUUUUCAAUUUCUACUAAUUCAUGCAUCGUCUUCACUGGAUGUUAGAGGUAAAUAUUGUACUCUUUACUGUAGUACAUUUUAAAAAUCAUUUUAUUUACUGCUGACUUUUCAGAGUCAGAUGAAUUCUACAAAACACAACAUCAUCAUGACUUUAUUGAUUCCCAGUGGGAAUUCACAAGCAACCAGCAGUAUGUAAACUAAUUCAAACUGUAAUCAUAUGAAGAAGUUAAAAUUUACCAGCUACGAUAUUCAAGUCAUAAAAACAACAAUGCAAGAAUAAUUAUAAUCCAGUAAUAUGCAUUAAUGUGAAAUGUUUUAUUCCACAAAUAAGUACUUUUACUGUUGAUAUAACUAUAUUUAAAUGUUAUACUUGCCAUUACUUUAACUUGAUCCUAUAAAAACAUUUGUAUCAUAUUUGCAAUGCGAGUUUCUGGGCAAAAACAAAUCG